GCCCCGCCGGGCCGCGCGCGCCCACGUGACGCGUUCAAGCGCGCCGCGCGGGCCCCGCGCGGAGGGAGGACGGCGCGGCGGGGGCGCGCGGGCGAUCAGGUUCCCUCAUUCAUGGCUUGGGCCUGGCAGUCGUAGGAUGGACUGGUGACUCCUCUGCAGCACUGAAGUGAUCUCAUAAACACUGCCAAGACCUCACACAGGUGACACGUCUGCUCCGAAAAAGGUUUAGAGAGACAUGGAGCUUGAAAGAAUCAUUCAAGACACACUGACACGCUUCAUCCAGUCCCACAUCCCUGCAGCAGAUCUCAGUGGGAUGGAUGAUGUUUUUUUCUCUUAUAUCACGGGUGUACUGGAAGAGCUGGGCUCACCAGAGUCUUCUGAAGAGACUUUUGACAUGGACACCUUUGUGGAAAUGAUGGAGGCAUAUAUCCCUGGUUUUGCAGAAAUCCACAGUGGGGAUGUUUGUGAAAUGAUGUUCUCCCUCUCAGAAAGGCUUGGUGAAGCUCGCAACAAAGAAAAACUUGGCCAAAAGGCUGUGGAAAGCAGGAGUGAAGCGCCCUCUGAAGAUCUCACCAAGGGCCAGGAGCCUGGAGCUGGAGCCUGCAGCGGGGAAAGACUGUGCGCUCUAACAGACGGAGCCGGGGCCCAGGAAGGUGCUGACUUGAAGGAUGGGGUGGAGCUGCUACUGGAGAUGUUCCCGGCCUGUACUGUGAGCCAGGCAGAGAAGGCUCUCGCCAUGGCCUUGGGGAACUUGGAAGAGGCAGUGCAAUUAAUUGUGGAGGAGAAGGUGGAAAUUGGCCCAGCAGGUGCGAGUGUGAAGGAACUGGCACGGCCCCGCAGAGCGCCCAACCAUGAGGAACUAAAACAGGUCAUCCUACAGAAAUACAUGAUGGUGGAUAGUGCAGACGAUCAGAAAACACACCGGCCAGCCCCACCCAAAGAGGCUCCCAAGAAGUUGAUCCGCUAUAUUGAUAACCAGGUGGUGAGUACAAAAGGAGAGAGGUACAAAGACAUCAAGAAGCCUGAGAGUGAGGAGAUGAAGAGAACCUACAUCAGCCUAAAACCAGCCAGGAAGUACAAGUUCCACUGACAGCUAGGUCCUCCUGCUCUUCAGCCUUCCACCUCACUGCCAGGCAUGGCAGGAUGGAUGUGUGGUGCUAGGAAUGAGGUGACUCCACCUGCCACUAACUUGAACUAACCUGGAAGCCAGGACACUGCUUUCAGCUUCCUCAACUAACCUGGCUGAGGAGACUUCUCUCCUUGUGUAGCUAUUCCUCUCCCUCCAGGGGCACACCACAGUGGCUCUCCAGGACCUGGGCAUUCUCUGCUAUUCCUUGCAUGGGAUAUUUUUAGAUCUGAGAUGUGGCAUGUGCUUUUGCAGCAACCUUUUUAAUAAGUCUUUGUGCACUGUUGCUUUGAGUGCCAGUAUUAAUAAAAAUGAUGUGAGUUGGUGUGUAGUUCA